AUUUCAAAAAUGGUAAUAAAUUCUUUGCUAUUACUCAAAAUCAUAAUAACCCUUUUUCUUUAGGAGAUUAGGGUUCUUAAUUCUCGCGGUGAAAUCCAUAAAUUCCUUUAAAGUCUCAAACUUUUUGCCCAUAAAAAAAAAAGAGAUUUUUUUUUUAAAUGUUGGGGAAAAAAGGGAAUACUAAAGGAAGAGACCGUCAUCUCUCUCUCUCCCCUUCGUCUUGUUCCUCGAUUUAUUCUUGUGGAUUUUUGUAUAUUCUUCGACACAAAUUGGCUUAAAUAAAAAAGGACGUGUUGAGCUGUUACCACUUUCUCUCUCUCAUUUCAUAUUUUUCUGCUAAUUACAUCUUUUUAAAGUUUAUUCUAUCUAUGUUUUCUCUGGUUUUCGGUUGCAAGCUUGUGAUUCGACUGUAACCUAAUCUGCGGCAUUGUGCGUUUUCUUCAAAUUCAAAUGCGCACUCUACUCUCAUUCAUCUCCUCUUCUCGGGAACAGUUCUUCUUCCAUCAUUCUUCUCCCACUCCAUUAACACGCGUCUGCUUCGUCUUCCUCCCCUCGGUGUUCUCGGUGGCAACGGGAUUAGAUUUGUAGCCAUUUUUUUUUUCCUAAUUUCCCUUCUGGGUUUUCUUGUCCGGCUCCUGAUUCCAUCUGGGUUCUCGUCCUUUUCCUCUCUUCAUCUACAUUUUCUCCGUGAUUUCUCAGUUUUGAUCUGGUGAAGCGAAGAAAAAAAAUGGCACCUUCGUUUCAGUGGUGGGCUGAAGAGAAUCGGAAGGGUAUUCCAGUGGUGGUGAAGAUGGAGAAUCCGAACAACUGGUCAAUGGUGGAGCUUGAGUCUCCCUCGGAGGAAGAUUUCCUCGUCGGCGGUCACACUUCGCCGGUCGGAAUCCGGGACAAAGCUCGGAACAAGAACGCUCGACAGCUUACGUGGGUCCUCCUCCUCAAAGCCCACCGAGCCGCAGGUUGUCUCACCUCUCUCGGCUCCGCAUUGAUCGCCCUCGGCGCUGCCGUCCGCCGCCGCGUCGCCGCCGGUCGCACCGACACCGAAGACACAGACCAGGAUGUCUCCUCCUCCUCCUCCUCGCCGGAUGCCGAAAACCCGACAGGGAAAUCGAGGUUCUACUCUUGCAUUAAGGUGUUCUUGUGGGUGUCUGUUCUUCUCCUCGCCUUCGAAGUCGCUGCUUACUUCAAGGGAUGGCAUUUCGGUGCUCCGAAUCUGCAGCUUCAGUACAUCUUCACGGUUUCGCCAUUUGAAUUCAAAGGAUUCUUCGAUUGGGUCUACACGAGAUGGGUCCUGCUUCGAGUGGAGUAUAUCGCUCCUCCGCUUCAGUUCCUGGCCAAUGUCUGCAUCGUUCUGUUCCUCAUCCAGAGCUUGGACAGGCUCAUCCUCUGUCUCGGCUGUUUCUGGAUCCGCUUCAAGAAGAUCAAACCUGUCCCCAAAUCAGACGCCGUCUCCGAUCUCGAAUCCGGCGAGAAUGGGUUCUUCCCCAUGGUCCUUGUCCAGAUCCCCAUGUGCAACGAGAAAGAGGUUUAUCAGCAAUCCAUUGCGGCUGUGUGUAGCUUAGACUGGCCAAAAUCGAAACUUUUGAUUCAGAUUCUGGAUGAUUCCGACGAUCCAGUGGCGCAGAGCUUGAUCAAAGAGGAGGUCCAAAAAUGGCAGGACGAAGGAGCUCGAAUCGUGUAUAGGCACCGUGAGAUCAGAGAAGGCUACAAAGCUGGCAAUCUCAAGUCUGCUAUGAACUGCAGUUACGUCAAAGACUACGAAUUCGUCGCCAUCUUCGACGCCGAUUUCCAGCCAACCCCUGAUUUUCUCAUCCGCACCAUCCCUCAUUUUAAGGAUAAUGAGGAGCUCGGGCUGGUUCAGGCGAGAUGGUCCUUUGUGAACAAGGACGAGAACUUGUUGACGAGACUACAGCUCAUAAACUUGGCAUUUCACUUCGAGGUUGAACAGCAAGUGAACGGGGUGUUCUUGAAUUUCUUCGGCUUCAAUGGAACAGCCGGUGUCUGGAGGAUUAAAGCGUUGGAAGAAUCCGGCGGUUGGUUGGAGAGAACGACUGUCGAGGACAUGGACAUUGCUGUCCGAGCUCAUCUUCACGGCUGGAAAUUCAUCUUUCUAAACGAUGUUGAGUGCCAAUGUGAAUUACCGGAAUCGUAUGAAGCUUACAGAAAACAGCAGCACAGAUGGCACUCCGGACCAAUGCAAUUGUUUCGCCUUUGUUUGCCCGCUGUAAUCAAAUCCAAGAUAAGCAUAUGGAAGAAAUUCAAUAUGAUCUUCCUCUUCUUCCUCCUCAGGAAACUGAUCUUACCCUUCUACUCAUUCACGCUCUUCUGCAUAAUCCUGCCGAUGACGAUGUUUGUCCCCGAGGCCGAGCUCCCUGCUUGGGUUGUGUGUUACAUUCCGGCUACUAUGUCGUUCCUCAACAUCCUCCCUGCCCCGAAAUCAUUUCCCUUUAUCGUCCCGUACCUUCUCUUUGAGAACACAAUGUCAGUGACCAAGUUCAACGCCAUGAUCUCGGGUCUGUUUCAACUGGGAAGUGCUUACGAAUGGGUAGUCACGAAGAAAUCGGGACGUUCAUCCGAGGGCGAUCUCAUGGCCUUAGUUGAGAAAGACCUGAAGGAACCGAGGCAUCAAAGGGUUGCUUCGGUACCUGAGACGAGGGACGAAAUCGAGAAGCAAGAGCUGAAAGCCGCCAUGAACAAGAAGAAGAAGAAGAAGCACAAUAGGAUAUACAUGAAGGAGCUAUCAUUGGCAUUCCUUCUCUUGACGGCUUCGGCUCGAAGUCUCUUAUCUGCGCAAGGCGUCCAUUUCUACUUCUUGUUGUUUCAGGGCAUCUCCUUCUUGCUCGUGGGUCUUGAUCUGAUCGGAGAGCAAGUGGAGUGACAUCAUCAUCAUCAUCACCGGAAGGUUUAAUGGUUAUAGGGUUUCUUAGGAGCGUGUAAAGUUCAAGACUUUGAAUUAUCUGCAAGAAAUCUCAGAGAGAUGGCAUAGAUUCGCUCUUUCACUGACCAAACAGCUCAGGAAAAGAAGAAAUCUGUAUGGAAUCAAAGGACACACAAUCACACAUACACGUCCGUGGACCAUCCUUGGAUUCGCCUGAGGAGACAAAUGGCGGAUGGUUGUUUGUAAGGUAAAAACAUCCUGAUUCUUCUGUAAGAAAGAUUCUUUUGUAAGAAAAGAUCUGUUCAGAUUCGACAGCGGCUCUUUAGUUAAAAAAACACACACUUUGCUCUGUUUCUUCAUGAAGAACAUGGAAUUUGAUGA